AUGGCUCAGUACUUGGGCGGCGAACCCGAGGGUGAGGAUGACUUUUCCUGGCUCACGGAUUUGGCUGCGCCCACUCUGGGCAUACCAGGUACCACUGGCUCGAGUGGCCUCUUCAACCCGAGCAAUGACAUGGCCGGUUUGCAAGAGCAGUCCAACAACCCUGCUUCCAUGGGCUUGGCACCGUCUCAGCGCCCGGCACAAUCUCGGCUGCUUCCCGCCUCCUCUUACAUGGACACAGCCAUGACCUACAGCACCCGGCCCACGUUUUCUUCGGCGGCCUCCACGGGACCAACCCAAACCCUGGCCCAGGCACAGUACAUGCAGCAAGCUCAGCAUCCCCAGCAAGCGUCGAUCCAACAACAACAGCAGCAGCAGCAGCAGCAUCAACAACCCUCGCUCACGGCGGCCACCUUGGCGGCAGCACUGCGAGCCAACCCAAGUAUUCGGCCUGGUAUGCCCACCACAUUGGCCACCACCUCUUCUUCCUCUAGUCCUUUGAACUUGACGCUUGCCGACCUCGUCAAGCAUCCUGCUCCUUGGCAAGUCUUGACGACUCUACUCAAGCAGCAACAAGAGCAACAGCAACAACAACAACAACACCAGCAACAACAACAACAACAGCAGCAGCAACGGCAGCAGCAGCAACAACAACAACAACAACAACAACAACAACAACAACAACCACAACCACAACCACAACCACAACAACAACAACAGCAACAGCAACGUUAUUCUGCACAAUCUCAGCACAUGUCGCGAGCGUCACCUCAGAGUCAACCAGCUUCAAGUCCAGUGUCCACAGCCCAACAACUCCAGCUCUUGCAACAAAUGCUCCAGUCCCCACAACAAAGCGGCGGUUCUCCCGCUGCUAGCAACCCACAGAUCUCACUGAGUCAGCAGCAGGCCUUGAACAACAUGACGCCUGGUUACCGUGCCAACGGCCCCGCCGUGUCCCGAGGCCAAGGAGGCGCUCAAACGCAGGGCUGGAGCUUGAUGGGACAGGGGGGCUUGCCCGCGCGUGGCCCCAUGGCACAGGGUUUGGGGCUGCCCGCUGGUGAAGCAUCCCGAUCCAUCAAUGGCUAUCCUGCUGCUGGGAAUGAUGCCUACGGCCGCUCGGCAGCCUAUCAAACCAGCCUCGAGGGUCUGGACAUUCCUCUAUUGCCUCUCGAGGAUACCAAUCCUUUUGAAACCAUGAAUGCACCCACCCUACAGAUGCCCUCAGCAACAUCAUCUGGCGCCACCUCUAACGUGCCCAUGGUAGGGGCCGGUGGCCAAAUUCCCAGUCUUUGGGACGAUCUGGAUGAGUUUGCGCUUCCUGUGCUGACAGAUGAACCCUUUCCGGACGACAUGAAUGAGAUGCCCUCAUUUUCCCUGCCCCUCACCUCAUCAUUGCUCCCGGGCGAGGCCAUGUCACCUCGCAACAAUGGCGUCCGCAUGCCCUCGGGUCCACCAAACGGCCUCAGUGGUUUGGGUGCCGUGGGUAGCACAAACAGUUUGGGUGGUAUGACGAGCCUCGAUGGGAUGGGUGACAAUUCGCUCUUGGACAAUCUCUUGGAUGACGACGAUGAGGAUGACGACGAUGGUGGUUCUCAAGGGGAGGACGAUUCCUACUCGCCGGCGAGUGGGUUUGAGCCCUUUGGCGGAGACUCUAUGCACCAUGACUCUUCCAACAUGAGCACUUCCAUCAGUGGACAGAAUCCGUACGCCCACGAUGGGAGCAACGCCCGGGGCAACGCUGCGGGCUCGGGCAAUUCCAGCGGCGCUCCGCGGCCCAAGAAGAAGCGCCAUCGCAAGCGCAAGCUUGUGGCUGACCUCAAUUCAUCAGAACUCGAGAAGAUGCGUGAAGUCAAUCGCAUCGCUGCUCAGCGUCAUCGGCUGAUCGAGAAAGCCAAACGGCGGGAGCGACAGGAUCGGUUCGACUCGGCCAUUCGACUGCAAAAAGCGCUUCAGGAAGAGGUAGUAGUGCUGGAGAAUGAGCUUGCGACCUUGCGGCGCCUGGUCAUUGAACUUUACAGCGAUGAAGGUGCACGUCGCUUCUCUUUUCUGCAGUCUGGCUCCAACGCCUCCUACCUUGGAAUUUGA